CUUGCAACGAAGGUUGAGGAAGACAACUCUGUCGAGGCCUUCACCAUGCAGAUCUUCGUGAAGACCCUGACGGGCAAGACUAUCACCCUUGAGGUGGAGUCUUCGGACACUAUCGACAAUGUCAAGACGAAGAUUCAGGACAAGGAGGGUAUCCCCCCCGACCAGCAGCGCCUGAUCUUCGCGGGCAAGCAGCUCGAGGACGGCCGCACCCUUUCCGACUACAACAUCCAGAAGGAGUCUACUCUGCACCUUGUGCUCCGUCUGCGUGGUGGUGGUAAGAAGCGCAAGAAGAAGGUCUACACCACCCCCAAGAAGAUCAAGCACAAGCGCAAGAAGACCAAGCUCGCUGUCCUUAAGUACUACAAGGUCGAUGGUGAUGGCAAGAUUGAGCGCUUGAGGAGGGAGUGUCCUUCCCCUGAGUGCGGUGCUGGUGUCUUCAUGGCUGCUAUGCACAACCGUCAGUACUGCGGAAAGUGCCAUCUUACCUACGUUUUCGACGAGUCUAAAUAGACGGCCAUGCGUUCGGGAUUGGGUACUUUUCCUUGAGAAUGUCUGGAGUAGGAUACUAUAGGUAUAGCCAAUGACAAGAACUGUAUCCUUCGUCUUUAUUGUGC